CCCAGGCCGUCAUGGUUCACCAUGGCACUUCUCACAUGCUCCAUGUGCUCCCUGCUCCUGCUGGCAUUGCUGCUGGCAGCGGCUCCGUGCCCGGCUCAGGCUGGGAAGCCCUUUGGACACCGCUGCAGCUCCCCACGGCGGGGGCUGCUGGACUGUCGCCACGCCGGGCUGACCACCGUGCCCCCGGCCACCAGCACGUGGCCCCUGGACAUGCUGGAUUUCACUGACAACUCUAUUUCGACCUUGGGACCGCAAACGUGGAAGGAAUACCAGUGGGCUGAGACCUUAAUCCUCAAGGACAACGAGCUGCAGGCACUGAAGAGGCAUUCCCUGGAAGGGCUGUUCCUGCUGAAGCACCUGGAUUUAUCUGGCAAUAACAUCAAGUCCAUUGAGGAACAUGCCUUUGAGCCACUGCCUUUUCUGGAACAUCUAAACCUGUCUGGGAAUCAGCUCACCCUGAUCCCCAGUGGUGCUUUCGAGGCCUGGCAUGGGAUGCAGUUUCUGCGGGAGCUGAUCCUAAGCCAUAACCCCCUGACCCUCAUAGCUGACACAGCAUUCUUCAAGCUGCCUUCGAUCAACUAUCUCAAAGUGCCCCGUGCCGUUUCCUGCUGCCUCUGCAAGGAACGUGGCACCAUCGAGACCCCGUGCAGGACCAUCCAGUUCUUCUGUGAGAGCCUGUGUGACACCAGCACUGCCCAGUGUGGUUCUCUAGCCCAGAAACGGGCAGAAAUAACGGGAGCAGCACAGCCUGGACAACUCAGAAGCAGCUCGGUGCUGUACGUCAAACCCAAGGACAUUCCCCCAGCACACCAUGGAUCCGUAACGUUUGCAGUUGCUCAGAAGCAGGCCAGCACCAGGGGUGACCUCAGCAGCCAGGGAGAUUCCCGAGCAGACUCGUAUUCCUCCCAGCACCUCUCCAGCCAGGGAAGGAAAGCCAUCGAUGAGCUGCUGGUGAAGCUGCACAACAUUCAGAACAGGGGCUGGACCGGAGAUGUGGACAGCAAACCCGAUUUUCUGGCAGAGCAGCUGGUGGCUGAGCUCCAGAGCCAGCAGCCCGAUGCUCAAAGCACCCUGGCUGUGGCAAACAUCGUCCCACAGCAGCCAGCGCCCGCCAGGCGCAACGUGCAGAAGUUCCCAGCAGUGGAGGGAAAGCAAACCACAGGCUGGGAGCAAAAGCAGCUCGAGUCAGGCUUGAACUGGCCAAUCUUAAACCGCUGGGACGUAGCUGGUGGGUCAAACCCCCCGGAUGACAACGCUGCCUUCGGACAUCACGGUGCAAAGGAAGCAGCAGCUCCCCGAAGGAGCUCUGUCCAGAGGUACCAGCGCAGGCAGAGGGACACCGGCUAUCAGCUGCCAUACAACCCCCUUUUCUACGAGGUGUCUGGUGAUGUGCAGGGAGAGGAAGAGCCCACGCCAGGAGAAAGCAAAGGUCUAGACAGAAAGCCAGAGAAUCUCUUGGACCUGUGGCUCAAGAGCCACCCUGAGGACAGCGCUGAAGAAGAGCGUUCCUCUCUCGGGGAAUCCGGGAAGCAAGGAGAGGCAAGGUCCAGGCUUGCCAAGGAGGCAGGAGGCUCCCAGAGCCCCGGCCGUGCUCCAGCUCCAGCAGAGCUCCCCGAGGCAAGGGUUGAGCAUCCCCUGCACUCGGAGGUGCCGGACGAGGCCCUGCGGACGUUCAUCGCCCGCGUGACAGAAGCCCUGAGUGCAGAGUGCAGCCAGCUCGACCUGCAGCUGCUCUGUGCCAGGAUGGUCUCUGAGGCUGGGCUGCUGGCAAAGAGGCUCAGCCCCAGGCAGGACAGCCAGGGAGUCGCUGCUUUCACACGGCAGUGUCUGCACCUGGCCUUGGAGAUGGGCAAGGAGUCCGCAGGAAAGCACAAUGCAGGGCUCAACCACUCCAUAGUCACCAGGCUAUUGGUGUUUGUUAUCAUCAUGAUCUUCGCCAUCAUCUUCGUCCUCAUCAUGAUCAUGUUAUAUUUAGUCCAAACUCACUGCUGGGAACGUCCUGAGGAUGUUUGGCAGGACACUGUGAAAUCCCCCCUGAGCAGAUUCUUUGAGAAGCUGCGAUACGGAGAGCUCAGGGACAUGCUCAGCUGUGCCUUUGGUGGAGAGGGCGAAGAGCGGGCAAGGAACGUGCGCCAGGGCUACCCCUCUGCCUGCUGUCCCUCAGCUCUCCAGAGCGUUCCCGUCGCUGGUGGCCCCACACAGGACACCAGUGAAUUCGAAAAGUUUGAGGAGAAGGUCAUGCUGCUCAUGGAGCAGGACUCUCGGGCGCUCCGGCUGUACGACUGGCACAGGCAGAGACGGGACAAUGUGGAAGCUGAAGCAGAGGGGGAGAAGUGA